AUGGCUUGGGUUCUGAGAUUUAUCAAUCGCUGCCGAAAAUAUGAUAAAUGUAAUGGUUCGAGAUGCCUGUGUGCUGAAGAGUUAAGGGUUGCUGAAACUAGUCUGUGUCGUCUGUCCCAAGAAGAAUGUUUCGCCUUUGAAAUUAACGUUUUAAAAUCUGAUGGUUCUUUAAAAAAGCACAACGAGUUAUUUUCCCUUUCGCCUUAUUUUGAUGAAAAUAAUUUACUUCGAGUGAGCUGUCGUAUUGAUGCUGCGAGUUGGUUGCCUUUAAAUGCCAGGCACCCCAUUAUUUUGUCGUCCUGUCACCGCUUUACACAACUAUUUGUUGCCCAUGUGCAUAAUAAAAUGAGACAUCAAAAUUUUGAGGCUACCAUAGGCGAAAUAAGGAAAAGGUUCUUGAUUCCACGACUACGAAAUCUGUUGAGUAAGACCACAUCAAAUUGCAACAUUUGUAAGAUUCGUCGUGCCGUUCCAGUAGCUCCUUUUAUGGGAUCGUUGCCAAGUGAUAGACUAACUCCAUAUGUCCGGCCAUUUACUUAUACUGGUGUUGACUAUUUUGGCCCAUUAAAUGUGACUGUUGGUAGACGCCAUGAAAAACGUUGGGUUGCCCUGUUUACGUGCCUUACAAUCAGAGCUGUACAUUUAGAAGUGGCCUAUGAUCUAUCUACUGAUUCGUGUAUUUUGGCUAUACGGAAUUUUAUAAAUCGUCGUGGCACCCCGUUGAAGAUUCGGAGUGAUAACGGAAAGAAUUUUGUUGGAGUUAACCAAGAAGCCCAGCGAUUUGAUGAAGUAUUUGAUCUGGUUAAAAUUGAAGAUGAGUUGUCCACAAGGGGCAUUGAAUGGCAGUUUAAUUGUCCACAUAAUCCUGCAGAAGGUGGAAUAUGGGAGCGAAUGGUUCAAUGUGUUAAAAAGGUUUUAAGAGUAACCCUAAAAGAAGUCGCCCCAAAAGAGCACACCUUGCAAAGUUUUUUAAUUGAAGCCGAAAACAUCGUGAACUCUCGCCCAUUGACUCACUUGCCUGUCAGUCCGGAAGACGAAGAACCAUUGACGCCUAAUCAUUUCUUGUUGGGUUCUGCAAAUACGGCUCAAACGCCAGAAGGUAUUGAAAUUACACAGCCAGUGGUACUGAAGAAGCAGUGGCGAAUUGCUCGACAGCUACGAGAUCAUUUUUGGAAAAGAUGGAUUGUGGAAUAUUUGCCCACAUUUACAAGACGGUCCAAAUGGUGCGAACAUACGAAGCCUGUGGCCCCGGGAGAUCUUGUACUAAUUUGUGAUCCAGCUGUUUCCCGCCGAGAUUGGAAGAGAGGUCGUGUCGUAAAUGUGUUUCCUGGCAGUGAUGGUGUAAUCCGAAGAGCUGAUGUCCAAACAAGUAGUGGAAUACUUAAACGCCCAGUUUCCAAACUAGCAGUCCUUGAUUUGGAGUAG